UGCGCAGGCGCAGAAGACACCCUUCCACUUCCCUUUGUCGCUCUAUAUUUCCGCCCUGUGCGCAUGCGCAGAAAACACUCUCUCUUCUCAAUGGUUCUUUUCGUUCGCGCUCUUUUGUGCCCGGUCUCUACGCAUGCGCGGAAACUUUCCUUCCGUCUCCGAAGGCCUUUUCGGUCUCUCUGUGUCCGGCUUCCGCGCAUGCGCACGGGCCUUUGGCUUGGUUGUUGGCGAAAAAGGUGGCAGGUCGAAUGCAGCAACCUGGAGGCGGGGCUUAAAAUCUCCUAGCAACGACGGAGAAGGCGUGGCGAAAGCACCAAACCCCGCCCCCUUUGCAUCAAUGUCGCCAGCGGCGUUGGAAGAGCUGAAGCCUGGGAGCAACCCGGAAGUAGCCAGCUGGUACUCCCUGGUUCCCUUUGGGGAGGGCCCUUGCCCCCGUGUCGGCCAUGUCUCGUUUCACCUCCCGAACAACAAGAAAGGAACCGUCCUCAUCGUCGGAGGGGCCGACCCGAACGGCAGCUUCUCCGACUCCUAUACCCUUGACCUCGAUGCACACAAGUGGAGCGCCCCGAAGUGGCCGGGCCUUUUGCCCCGAUACGAACAGGCCGCCUUCAUUCCCGAAAGCCAGCCCACGAAGCUCUGGGUCUUUGGAGGAGCCAGCGAAGGUGGCAACCGGAAUUGCCUGCAGGUCUUGGACCUUCAGACUGGCACAUGGGAGAAGCCGGAGGUAAGCGGGACUCCUCCAUCCAUUCGGACCUUUCACACGUCCACGGCGGCCAUCGGUGACCGUCUGUAUGUCUUUGGAGGCGGCGACAAAGGAGCGGACCCUGUUCAAGACCAGCAGCUUCAUAUAUUUGACUCAGCCACGUUGACAUGGCUCCAACCGGAGGUUUCGGGCCAGGCUCCCACACCUCGGCAUGGCCAUGCAAUGGUGGCCGUCGGGAGCCGACUCUUCAUCCACGGCGGCUUGGCCAGCGACACGUUUUACGGCGACCUCUUCUCCAUUGAUAUAACUGAGAUGAAAUGGGAGAGCCUGCCGAGCACUGGAUCCGUUCCUGGAGGUCGGGCGGCCCAUUCAGUCGUGGCUUUUCGGGACCAUUUGUACAUUUUCGGCGGGAUGGACCCAACGGGAGCACUGGACACGAUGUACAAGUAUCACAUCGAGAAAGGCCACUGGACACAGCUGGAGUUCAAGACAGCUUUGCCUGCCGGACGCCUGGACCAUUCCAUGUGCAUCAUUCCAUGGGAAGCACCAUCUUCAGGAAGCUCAGGACUCACUCAUUUGUGUCUAAUAUUUGGGGGGAUGGACAUUAAAGGGGAAAUUUAUGGGGACUGUGUUGUGAGCGUUCUGGAAUAAUACAUACAUAUAUAUAUAUUUGAAGCUAGAUAGCAGCACUUAAGCAAUGCGGCUGCAACAUUCAGGACUAUGUAAACCCAAGCUUGCUUCCAUUCCUCGGCCAAAUUGCAUUUUGGAUUGGGAGGGCUAUACAUUUCAGAAAGUGGGACGCAAGUUUCCAAUGCCAAGGUUGUUACCUGCAAUGCCUGUGCAGGAAGUGACCAGGAAGUAAAUAAAUACAAACAAGAGAUGCCAA